AUGUCUGAGAUGCCGCCUAUCGUGCAGUGCGACCUCCAGUCCCCUCCGGGCCCUGAGAGGCCAGGAGGGGAUGUCCGAAGAUCUAGAAGGAGCCAACAGGAUGAGGACGAAGAUGAAGUCACUGGCCUGAAGACCGACACGAUCCUUCCACAUCCGCACCGGCAGAGCAAAAUUUCCGAGAUCUCUCAGAUUGCCUUAGUCCAGCCUCGGAGGAACUCCCGGGUGUCAAAGCUCAUCGAAUCCCAGCAGGUUCGCUUCAUGAUCAUGCGUGCGCAGAGGACCCGAGAGUUUGGCGUGAAGAAGCAGUGGUUCGUCAUCAACCCCGACACCAACCCUUUUUCGACGGCCUGGCAGAUCGUCACCAAUUUCGCCCUCGCCUUCGUGGCCUUGAUCACUCCCCUGCAGGUCGGCUUGCUGGAGAUCCACCUGGACUUUCUCUUCGUGCUCACCAUGAUGGUCGACUUCGUCUUUGUCAUCGACAUGAUUCUGCAGUUCGUCACGAUGUACCCUCGGACGACAGCGCGUGGGUUGGAGUGGGAGCUCAAUCCGCAGAAGAUUGCCAUGAACUACUUGAGGACCUGGUUCUUCCUAGACUUCGUGACUUUGAUCCCCUUCGACAUGAUCGGAGUAACCUCCGGCACAGAUAGCCUGAAGGACCUGCGGAGCAUUAAAGUAAUCCGCGUCCUCCGGCUCCUGAAGCUCAUGCGGCUGCUGCGGAGCUCUCGAUUGACGCACCGGCUCGAGAUCCCGCUGUCGAUCCCGUACCAACAGGUAGCACUCUUCCGUUUCCUCCUCAUCUUAGUCCUGGCCUGCCACUGGCUGGCCUGCGUUUGGGCGAUGACGCUGAAGAUCGUCGAUGACACCUUCCCGCAAUGGAUCAACGACAUCGAGGCAGCCGACGUGCCCUAUGGGAUUCGCACCCGGGACUCUCCUAUGCGCAUCUACAUCGCUGCGUACUACUUCUGCUGCUACACCAUGACAUCAGUGGGCUAUGGAGACAACGGCCCCAAGAAUGUGCUGGAGCGCUUGGUUUGCACAUGGAUUGUGCUGACCUCGGGGCUCUCCUGGGCAUACAUUCUCGGAGAAGUCUGCGCCAUCGUCAGCGAGAUGACGGCAGAGGGUCAGAGGUUCAGAAAGAAGAUGCACCACCUGAAUUCCUUGAUGCAAGAGCAGGGGCUUCCACCCGAGCUUCGAAAGCGCAUGCGCAGCUUCUUUCUUCAGAACCGGCAUCAAGCAGAGCACCAAACCCGGCAGAAACUCUUGGAGAAUCUGAGCCCCCAGCUGCAUGCUGAGGUCUGCACGGCGCUGAACAUGCCAUGGAUUGAGAAGGUCUCCUUUUUCCAGCAGUUCAUGUCUCUGAUAGAUGCUCUAGAGGCAGAUGGAGCCCACACCGCACCGUUCCGUGCAUGCAUUGCAGACAUCUCUCGAGAACUUCAGACCGCCGCCUUUGCACAGAAGGAGAUCUUUGAUAAUGUGCAGGUGCUCUACAUCCUCUCCAAGGGCCUGGUGGCUUUGAACAGUCGGGUGGGUCACAACGGGGCGGUAUGGGGGGAGGACUUCGUCCUCUCGGACACGAGCCUGAUCCGGCCAGUGGCUGGCUUUGCACUCACGUACAUCGAGGUGCUCUUCCUUACCCGCGAGAGCUUCAUGGGAGUGAUCGAGCGCCGGAAGUUGACUUGCCCUCAGCUGGGCCAGGUGGUCAGGCGCUACUGCGUGCGCGUCGCUGUCACUCGGGGCAUCAUUGCAGAAGCAAGGCGGCGCCUGCAGCUGAGGGCAGGCACCCCUUCCAGCGUGGCCAAACGAGUGCAGGGCAGCCAACAGACGCAGGGCUCCUCUGACAGUGCCCCGCAGCCCCCGGGCUUCCUAGAGCCCGAGGACUGA